GGAGGAUGAUGUGGCUCAGUGAUACCAAGCAAACCGAAGAGAACGACGAUGGUGACUCAGACCUGGAGAGUAGUCUGAGUAGCAGUGCUAGUGCUGUAGGCGAAGAAGUACCGAUUUGGGUGAGAGGGGACCAGAGGUGGGUGUCUGGGAUCACAGAACAAACCACUUGUAGGGACGUUGUCCAGGUGCUGUUACAGGACGAACAAGCUAGGGGCAGACCAGUAAGCUCUCUCGACAAAUAUGUGAUCACAGAAAGAUGGAGGGGUGUCGAGCAACCAUUAGAAGAUACAGCUAAAUUACUAGAUAUAUGGAACACUUGGGGAACUGCACAAACAGAGGCAAGUAUUAAUCACACCUAUUGAGAAGUUCAGAAGUUAGUUUCUGCUCUAGCUGAUCAGUCAAUUUUUCUUCAAAAUGGAUGAUAAAGGUAAAGCUGUCAUUACGCCGCGGUUACCACCACCAACAUCACAACAGACACGCAACAGAAGCUGAUUGCGAAGGCAUGUUUGUAACCUCGGGACACCGCCACCACAGACCUCCCAGCCUGGCGCGCAAAUCACGUUGCCGCUCGGAGUCCAGCGAAAGCGCCGCAGCCUGGAAAACAGUGCAUCCCAAGAGGCUCAAUCAACUGCACAGUCAGUACAGUAGCGCGACAGCUACCAACGAAGAGCUGCUCAGGUUGGUGCUCAAGCAGGGGGAGGUCAUACGCAAACAGCUCAAAAAACUUAGACACAGCGAGCACCAAAUUGGAUACCUAGAAGAUAAAACCCAUCGCGCUAGGGUGAAGAAACAUGGUAGUAACUAUCUACUUGAGACCUACUUGAAGGGACUCUCAGAUGCUGUGGAUCCUGAAGCAGACAGCAGCUUAGCAGUUGACAAGAAUAGUGAUAGUGGAGUUAUGACAGAGGGAGACAGCGAGCAGUCUCAUAACAACAAUCCCAAAAUUACCAAAAACACUAAGACCUUAGAACGCUUAUCUUUAUCUUCCGAGGAAUUCGGCAAGGACCUAAAAGACGACGACACCAGUUCCACAGUAAGUGAGGCCACAGUUCGAGAACAACUGGAACUGUACGAAAAAAUAACAAAAGUGAACAAAAGGCUUCUCAAAGAAGAAGAAGCACUCGUGAGGUUGGACGUAAACAUCCGAAAAUACGAAAAAAACAAAGAAGGCACCGAAGAGGUCAGCAAAGCUCUAAAUAAACUCAGAACCGACAUGACUAAAAGCGCUUGCGAGAUGCAACACAAUGAAAUCGUCUUGGAAGAAAUCGUGGAAAAACUAGAGAGUAGGAGGUUGUAUCUGGACAACCUGUAUAGAGAUAUAGCAAAUGAAGAUAAGGAGUAUGAAAUGCUGCAAGCGUUGCUCUUCAGCAAAGCUCAGCAGGCAUCUGAGUACGAAAGCAGGAGGUACCGACCUCCUCAGUUGUACCAAACCAAAGAAUUGUUAGAUACCCUAGUAUAGAAAUUUAGCACUUUGAAUGAACUAUAGUGCAUAAAUCCUAAUCAUGCUUACUUGCGUCUAAAUUUCGCGGCUUCAAAGGUAAAGCUUUUCGAACGAUAUGCUGUAAUGUUGAAGGCAUACUUGAGGCUCGAUCUCGAUCUUUAAAUGAGGUACAUAAAAACGUGUUUUCUAGAUCACGCAGGUAGACAUGAUUAGAAACCGGACAUCAGUCAAUGUACAGAAAUGAAGUAGAAUAGCUCAGCAUACAGAAAAAAUUUUAUGGAAAACGCAGCCAAUGGGUAGUAAAGAUUACUAUUAAAUAUCCGACUCAAUGAUACAAAGGGUACUAUAAAAGUUUUGUAAUACAGCUUUAUAUAUUGACUUCGUACGAAGUAAUUCCCACCACAUUCAAUAUACUUCUCCAUCCGCCAAAACCAGUCCUUAAACUAGCUCUGCCAAGUUUCACCCGGGAGUGCGGCAUACUCGUUAUCCCAAGCCCUCAGAAGGUCCUCAUCGCUAGAAAACCGUUUUCCUUUUAGCUUUUUUUCCCAUGCGGACACGGUGCAAAGUCGCAAGGAGCAAGAUCUGGAUUGUAAGGAGGGUGCUCAAUAAAUUUCAGUAGUCAAAUACUUGGUGCAGGUUUUGGCGCGGUGAGCUGGACCAUUGUCAUGGUAGAGUGUCGAUUCUUGACUUUGGCCGAAGGUUUUUCAUAGACUCGGUGGCUUUAGGCAGUCACUGUUCUGUGUGCCACUUAGCUGUGACUGUCUUCUGUGUGUCAAAAACGACACAAUUUCUGACAGCUGCGGGUGUGUCCUCAUCAUCAAAGACCCAAGCUUUGUUUUGAGCCUUGGUCGGCACAUCGUAAUAGUCGUCACCUGUCACGAUGGUGUUCACAUACCGAGAUUGCCCCUUACCAAACAUUCUCAGCAUCUUUCGGUACCCAGAGAGAACAAAGUUUCUUUACAUGUAAAUGGCCAUGCAUAAUUGAAUGAAUUGAUGGUGCAUGAAUGUGUAAGGUUUCUAUCUGUUGGUAUGUCACUCUCCAGUCAUCGUUAAGCAUUUUCCUUACAGCAGUAAUGUUUUCUUCUGUUACUGACGUUCGCGGCCUUCCUUCCCUCUCACCGUCCUCCAGAGGGAAAUUGCUCCUUUGGAAUUAUCUGUACCACCUGAAUAUAGUCGGACGAUGGACUGGUCUAUGCUUACACCACGCGUGAAGUUAUACCGUAAGACUACCCUUAUCUCACUAUAUGAUCACGAUGCCAUAGUCCGCACUUUACACUGUCCAAACACUGUCAAUAUGAAUGAACAACUAAAUCAACAGACGUGUUGCUGGCGGCUACUAUGUACUCAUGGACACAUGUCUCAACAUGCAGUAACAUGCAGCCUCCUACGUCCGUUUGUUCAGUCUUAUUGCAGAACUUUUAUAGUACCCUUGUACAUUAAGAAAAUCCUGAAGAAGUAAACUUUCAAAGUAUACGGCGCCGUCUCGCAUCAUUAUUAUAUUGAGGAAGCCGCCGCAAAUUGGCUAAGCUUUCCUCCUCUCCUAAUGUUUUGUAGUACAAUUAUAUUACUUAUUUGCCUCCGGACCGAAACGUCUAUCGAUGAAUGAAUCGACUUUGAGGGAAAAUAUGGAAUAUACCUGUAUACUUACCUCUGUAUGCGAAGCAUCAAAAAUGAAAAUAAUUGAUCUUUAUCAGUUACCAGUGAAAGAGUGUCGCAGUAUGUUUAAUAUUUUCAAACUUAUUUGUCGUUUAAGUAAGGCCUAAAUAUGAGCGUUUAAUGACACCGUUCGACAAAAUUCGCUAAAGUUAGCGCCUUGCUAGUCAGUUCAGAUACAAGACAAUAUAUAGAGAAAUCCAUAAGCUAAUUUUAAUAACGUCACUAUUUAUAAUACCAAUCAGCACCUGUCGCUUUCGUAGUUUUAUUCAGCGAUGAGUUAUGGUUGUGUAAUGACUAAAUGAUUGUCAAAUACAGAUGAUAAACUAUUUUUAAUACCAAAUAUGUUGUACCUAAUAGUUUUCCAUAUUAACAUAGUUAUUUGAAUGGACUUGUUGAAAUUUGUAAUAUAUAUGUUUAUGACAA